AUGCGGUUGCGCCAAGACUUCUUCAGCCGUCGGGGCGGUGACGCGCGAGCUCCGAACACACCAAGAAUGUAUUUCUACCAGGCAGAAGGUGCCGAGUGCGAGCGCCUCGCUGUCUCAGCACCAAUUUUACAAUGCAAAGAAAACAACUUUUCGUGCGGUACUUGGCCCAGCUUUGACCUUCCAGCGGACAAAGGAAGGCUCAAGGCAGCUGUCCACAGUCCACAGGCCAACUACUACCGGGGUGGUGACUUGACGGGCACGUCAUAUGCCGUAACCAGGCCCAGAAGGGCCCAUGCGGCACAAUUGCAGCAAACAUGCGUCCUCUCCUCUUUGCCAAAGUCCCCACUGCGGAGCACGUCGUGUGGUUUGAAGGUGCCCAGGGGGAGCGCUGAUCGCGAGGCCUUUUGUUGA